CCCGGUCCGGUCCGGUCCGGUUGGGCCCGAUUCGGCCCGUCGCCAUGGAGCCGCCGCCCGGAGCGCAGCGCCUUGCCGCGGUGGAGGGUCUGGAGGUGAAGGGGCCCGUCCGGGAGCCCCGCGCCCUCCUCCUCGCCCGCAGGAGCGGACACCACCUGUUGAUUAUCCAGUCACGUGAGAAGGAAAUGCCUGCUCAAGAUAUCAUUCCUAUCAACAGCCGUUUCAGAUGUGUGCAAGAAGCUGAAGAAACUCUGCUGAUUGACAUAGCCUCAAACACUGGCUGCAAGAUCCGGGUUCAAGGGGACUUCACGGGAGAGCGCCUCUUUGAAAUCCCUGAUGAAGAGCGCUGCUUGCGGUUUCUCGCUGAUGUCCUCGCUGCUCAGGAAGCUCAGCUAAAACCUACAAUUCCUGAACCCAAGGACUCCUCCAGCUGGUACCAGAAAUUACCCCCUGUGGACAAACCUCUGAAUGAGUCGACUGCUCCAGGAAUCCUUGGCUUUGAGGAUAAUUUUACGUCUCUGAGUUUGGAGAAGAAACGAAACCUACAGAAUCAGCAGAUGGGGACUCAUCGGGAGCCCCCACCCCCUCCUCCUGCAGGAAACAGAGUGCUUCCACGGGAAAGAGAAGCCGCAAGCAAAGAGCAGCCUAAAGUGACCAACACCAUGCGGAAGCUCUUUGUUCCAAAUACCCACUCUGGACAGCGAGAGGGUCUCAUCAAGCACAUCCUGGCAAAGAGAGAGAAGGAAUAUGUCAACAUUCAGAAUUUCAGGUUCUUUAUUGGAACAUGGAAUGUGAAUGGACAGUCACCCGACAGUGGACUGGAACCAUGGUUAAAGUGUGAUCUAGACCCUCCUGAUAUCUACUGCAUCGGGUUUCAGGAGUUGGACCUAAGCACGGAAGCCUUUUUCUACUUCGAGUCAAUGAAGGAGCAGGAGUGGCUGAUGGCUGUGGAGAAGGGCUUACACCCCAGAGCUAAGUAUAAGAAAGUCCAUCUGGUCCGCCUGGUUGGAAUGAUGCUGUUAGUGUUUGCCAGGAAGGACCAACUGAGUUACAUCCGGGAUAUUGCGGCCGAAACGGUUGGAACAGGAAUCAUGGGGAAGAUGGGCAACAAAGGGGGUGUUGCAGUAAGGUUCGUGUUCCACAACACCACGUUCUGCAUCGUCAAUUCCCACUUGGCUGCCCACGUGGAGGACUUCGAGCGACGGAAUCAGGAUUACAAGGACAUCUGUGCACGCAUGAGUUUCUUGGUUCCAGACCAGAGCCUGCCCCAGAUAAACAUCAUGAAGCAUGACGUUGUGAUUUGGUUGGGAGACUUAAACUACAGGCUCUGCAUCCUCGAUGCCAACGAGGUAAAAAGUCUGAUUAGUAGGAACGACAUUCAGAAACUGUUAACGCUUGAUCAGUUGAAUAUUCAGCGAUCACACAAGAAAGCUUUUGCUGACUUCAUUGAAGGUGAUAUUAAAUUCAUCCCUACUUACAAAUUCGACUCUAAAACAGACAACUGGGAUUCCAGUGGGAAAUGCCGAGUUCCAGCCUGGUGUGACAGAAUCCUUUGGCGCGGGACAAACAUUCAGCAGCUCAAUUACCGGAGCCACAUGGAACUGAAAACCAGUGACCACAAGCCUGUCAGCUCACUGUUUCUUAUUGGGGUGAAGGUUGUGGAUGACCGGAGGUACCGGAAGGUGUUUGAGGACAUUGUUCGCAUCAUGGACCGAAUGGAGAAUGAUUUCCUUCCUUCAUUAGAGCUCAGUCGGCGGGAGUUUGUUUUUGAAAAGGUGAAGUUUCGACAGCUGCAAAAAGAAAAGUUCCAGAUCACAAACAACGGCCAGGUCCCUUGCCAUUUCUCUUUCAUCCCUAAGCUCAACGACAGCCAGUACUGCAAGCCGUGGCUUCGUGCUGAACCUUGUGAGGGCUACCUAGAGCCAAAUGAGACCAUGGACAUUUCCCUGGAUGUGUAUGUCAGCAAAGACUCUGUGACAAUCCUGAACUCAGGGGAAGACAGCAUUGAAGAUAUCCUUGUCCUUCACCUGGAUAGAGGCAAAGAUUAUUUCUUGACCAUCAGUGGGAAUUACCUGCCCAGCUGUUUUGGUACCUCCCUGGAAGCCUUGUGUCGAAUGAGAAGGCCGAUCCGAGAUAUUCCCGUCACUAAACUCAUAGACUUGGGAGAAGACAGCUUCCUAGAAAAGGAGAAAUCUCUCCAGGAGAUGUUCCCUUUAGAAAACGACGACAUCAGUGAGCGACCCCUUCAAAUUCCCAAGGAGAUCUGGUUCUUAGUGGAUCACUUAUUUAAGAAUGCCUGUCACCAGGAGGAUCUAUUCCAGACGCCUGGAAUGCAGGAGGAGUUGCAGCAAAUCAUCGAUUGCCUAGAUACCAGUAUUCCUGAAACAAUUCCUGGCAGUAACCACUCAGUGGCCGAAGCACUUCUCAUUUUCCUGGAAGCCCUGCCGGAGCCAGUCAUCUGUUACGAGCUCUAUCAGCGGUGUCUGGAUUACGCUCAUGACACUCGGGUCUGCCAACAAGUGAUUUCUCAACUUCCUCGUUGCCACAGAAAUGUUUUCCGAUACUUGAUGGCUUUUCUCCGAGAACUCUUAAAAUAUUCUGAAGACAACAACGUCAGCAUAAAUAUGAUUGCCACUCUCUUCACCAGCCUUCUGCUACGGCCCCCACCCAACCUGGUCAUGAGACAGACUCAAAGUGACCGCCAACGGGCUAUCCAGUUUAUUAUGGGCUUCCUGCUCGGGGGCGAUGAAGAGUAAUGCUUUUCCUCUUGCAGCACUUGAAGAUUUCGAAGUGGAAGAUCUUAGAUUGCAAGUAUUCAGAACCAUUAAGGGGCUCUGUCAGAGAACGGGUCUGGACGAGAGUUUCUUGGCCGAAGCCUCUUGCUACUGAGAAUGUGCCAUGUUUACAGAGCAAAAGGGAGGGAGGCCUGGACACCAAAACUCUCUUGUUUGCUGUCCAUACGCUUCCUCCUCAAAGGGCAGUGAGAGCCAUCCUCAAGCUGAGUUGUCUUAAGAACCUACUUGCUCUCAUCCCAUCCGAGUGCUGUAACUAGGUCUGGGGUCUAGGUUGAGGAUGUCCACUUCUUAGCUAGCGAACACUACUUGCUUUAGAUCAGACUUUACCCGUAGUCGUUCAUCUGAAGCAACUUCCCCCACCUCACUCCACUUCCUUUGCACUCUAAGCCCACCAGUAGUAUUACUCUGGGGACGCUGCUUGACCCUAGGGUUGGGUGACUUGGAUUACGUCUUGGGUGACUCGGUUGUUCCACUGCCAUCAUGUGAGUAUCGCGUGCAUAUUUGCACUUGUAAUAUAUAACAGUGUUCGCGUAAACUUGCCGUCAUUGUCUGUAGAACCAUUCACAUGCACAUGCUGUGUAGAACCCCCUUCUGGCAACCUUUAUGGUAGGGACUACUGGGUAAUGGACUCAGUUUGGUGACCCACUGGUUUUUUCAAGAGUCCCAAUCAGAAUCAGGGGGUUGGGGGGUAUUUUAAGAAUUGUACGUUUAACAAGGAUGGUAGCUCAUCCCUUUUUAUGUGUCAUGUGCCAUGAAGGCUAGUCCUGGCUUUCAAGCAGAUCUAAACCCAUAGAUUUAGUCCUAGUCCUCCUCCUCCGCCUCCUCUUCCAAGAUCAGGUGUGGUACCACUGCAGAAGCGACUAUAAACCCAAGCUAGUGCCAUGCACGUCGGCCACCCGACCAUUAUUGAGCCAGCGGAGAUACCUCCCGAAUCCACCACAGCCACCGUGGUCCCCUUCAGGCGAGAGGGGACUGUGCUAACCUAACUCCUGGGGCAGCAGCUAUGUGCUCCGUUCAACUGCCGGCUCUAGCAGGGGUUGGGACUCCUCACCUCCCUUCGCAGCAGAGGAGUCCGUAGUUGCCUCCUGGAGUUGUGUGGAGUUGUGCCAGGAUGCUAACUGGUCCAUUGAGGUGACAUCCUGUUGUCGUCAUUUCCCCACAUACUCCUAGAGCAGAGCCUUUUUGUCUUUAAUGGCAACAUGAGAAUUUCACAGACUUGCCACAGAGGACAGUGUGAUCAGGAUAAUACUUUCUCCUUCAUAUCUGAAAGCUCUCUGAAGUGUUGAUUUUUAAUGCUGCAUCUCUGCCUCAGCAGGCCGUGUGUGUGUGUCUCCCUCUCUCCCCUCCUCUCCCCUCCUCUCCCCUCCUCUCCCCUCCUCUCCCCU